AUGGUCCUCCACAACCCCAACAACUGGCACUGGGUGAACAAGGAUGCCUCUGGCUGGGCCAAGGACUACCUGAACAAGAACCUUUGCGGCAUAAAUGCCGAGGAUGGGGGCGUGUCCGCCACAGUAGCCAAAGUGCUGUCGAUGGAUGGCGACGUAGAUGUCAGCCAACGCAAGGGCAAGGUCAUCACCCUGUUCGAUGUCAAGGUGUCGCUAGAGUAUUCAGGGAAGACCCAGGACGGUGAGGAGGUGAGCGGCUCCAUCAACAUCCCUGAGGUAGCCCACGACACCGAGGAAGAUGAGUACGUCUUCGAGAUUGAGAACCAUGCGGACUCCGCCUCCAAGCAGCCUGUGAAGGAUCUGGUGCGAUCCAAGAUCCUCCCCCAGCUCCGCACGGCGCUGUCCAAGAUGACCUCGGACCUGAUCACCGAGCACGGCAAAGACCUGCAGCACGCCCCGGGAGUCAACCCAUCCAGCGGCUUCACCCCGGCCAGCGUCCACCCGCAGACCACCAAGAAAGAAUCUCCGGCAACUGCCACUUCUACCACCUCGACGACCGGCAAGGUAGCCGUCAACACGACGACCGUAACGGCGUCGGACGAAUUCCGCACCACGGCCGAGGAGCUCUACAACACAUUCACGGACCCGCAACGCAUUGCUGCAUUCACGCGCGGCCCGCCGCGCCAGUUCGACAGUGCCCAGGUUGGCGGCAAGUUCGCUAUCUUCGACGGCAAUGUCACUGGCGAGUACGUCAAGCUGGACGCGCCUAAGCAGAUCGUCCAGAAGUGGCGUCUGGCGCAGUGGCCUGCCGGCCACUUCAGCUCCCUCGAGAUCAACUUCGACCAGAACGAUCUCGACGGCGUUACCCAAAUGCGGGUUACUUGGUCCGGCGUCCCCGUUGGCCAGGAGGACGUCACCAAGCAGAACUGGGAGUUGUACUACGUUCGCAGCAUCAAGCAGACUUUCGGGUUUGGCACUAUUCUCUGA